AUGACGUAUCCCAUCUUACCUGUGAUAAUCUCUCGUUGACUGUUUUCCACUAACCACAAAGACAUUGGUACCCUUUACUUCGUAUUUGGUGCUUGAGCUGGCAUAGUGGGCACAGCUCUUAGUCUUCUUAUUCGAGCUGAGUUGAGUCAACCAGGCGCUCUACUCGGAGAUGACCAAAUCUAUAAUGUUACUGUAACUGCACAUGCUUUUGUGAUAAUCUUUUUUAUAGUAAUACCUAUUAUAAUUGGAGGGUUUGGAAAUUGAUUGAUCCCAUUAAUAAUCGGCGCUCCCGAUAUGGCAUUUCCACGUAUAAACAACAUAAGCUUCUGACUUUUACCACCAGCCUUCCUUCUUCUAUUAGCAUCUGCAGCUGUAGAAGCCGGGGCUGGCACAGGGUGAACAGUCUACCCCCCUUUAGCCGGCAACCUUGCUCAUUCUGGGGCCUCAGUUGAUUUAACAAUCUUCUCCCUUCACUUAGCAGGUGUCUCCUCAAUUCUAGGGGCUAUUAACUUUAUUACAACUAUUAUUAACAUAAAACCCCCCGCAAUCACACAAUACCAAACACCUUUAUUUGUAUGAGCGGUUCUCAUUACAGCUGUCCUUCUUUUACUAUCCCUGCCUGUUCUAGCAGCUGGCAUUACCAUACUUCUAACAGAUCGAAAUCUAAACACAACCUUCUUUGACCCUGCUGGAGGAGGGGACCCGAUCCUUUACCAACAUUUGUUUUGAUUCUUUGGCCACCCCGAAGUAUAUAUUCUUAUUCUACCUGGGUUUGGUAUAAUCUCACAUAUUGUUACCCAUUAUGCUAAUAAAAACGAACCCUUCGGGUAUAUAGGGAUGGUUUGAGCAAUGCUAGCUAUUGGCCUUCUAGGCUUUAUUGUGUGAGCACAUCAUAUAUUUACAGUUGGAAUAGAUGUGGACACCCGAGGCUACUUCACCUCUGCUACAAUGAUUAUUGCUAUUCCUACAGGUGUAAAGGUAUUCAGCUGACUGGCCACCCUGCAUGGCGGCUCAAUUAAAUGAGAAGCCCCCCUACUAUGAGCUCUAGGUUUUAUCUUUUUGUUUACAGUAGGCGGUUUAACAGGAAUUAUUUUAGCAAACUCUUCUUUAGAUAUUGUCUUACAUGACACAUAUUACGUGGUUGCUCACUUUCACUACGUUCUUUCCAUGGGGGCUGUGUUCGCAAUUAUAGGGGGGUUUGUUCACUGAUUCCCUUUAUUUACAGGCUUUACUCUUCACGAGGUAUGGACUAAAGUACAGUUCAUAGUCAUGUUUUUAGGGGUUAACCUCACAUUCUUCCCGCAACACUUCUUAGGCCUUGCAGGUAUACCACGUCGCUACUCAGAUUAUCCAGAUGCUUAUACCCUUUGAAACUCUGUAUCCUCGGUAGGCUCUCUGGUAUCCCUUGUGGCAGUGAUUAUAUUUCUUUUUAUUAUCUGAGAAGCAUUUGCUGCUAAGCGGAUUAUGCACUAUGUUCCACUCUCAUCUACUAAUGUAGAAUGAAUCCAUGGCUGCCCUCCACCAAAUCAUACGUUUGAACAGCCUGCUUUCGUUCGAACCUUACCCGCUUAACGAGAAAGGAAGGAAUCGAACCCCCGUAAAAUGGUUUCAAGCCAUUUUCAUAACCACUAUGAUACUUUCUUACAUAA